AUGGUUGAUAGUGGUGCAACUCACAAUUUCAUCCAUACUAAGGUAGCUCAUUUUCUUAACCUUGCACUUGAGCCCACCUCUAGUCCAUUAAGAGUCAUGGUGGGUAAUGGGGAAUUCUUACCUUGCACUACUUUUUGUCCUAAGGCCCACAUUACAUUAGCCUCUCUCGAAUUCCUUAUUGAUCUUUACCCCUUGGAUCUCUCUGGCACUGAUGUAGUAUUAGGGGUUCAAUGGCUUACUCAAGUUAGCCCAUUCAUUAUGGAUUAUAACGGGCCCUUCAUGAGAUUUAUGUGGGAGGGUAAGAUGAUAGAACUCAAGGGAGAACAAGGUCCAAACCCUACACCUAUAACAGCCCACCAACUUAAAUGCCUACAACACACCAACAGAGUAGAAGCACUUUUUCAACUUAAACUGGAACCUUCUCCAUCCAUCCAUUCUCCUACUUCACAUAUACCUCCUUUGCCUUCUAAUACUGCUAUCCCUUCAUCUUCUACUCCCCAACUAAAAAACUUAAUCACCACCUACUCUGUUUUAUUUUCCCCGCCAACCACCCUUCCCCCAUCUCGUUACACCGACCAUUCCAUCAACCUUUUACCCAACACUGCUCCCAUUUCAGUGCGCCCUUACCGAUACCCCCAUUUUCAGAAGCAAGAAAUUGAGGUCCAGGUUCAAAAGAUGCUGGACUCGGGGUUCAUUACGCCAAGCACAAGCCCUUAUUCUUCCCCUGUUCUUCUUGUCAAGAAGAAAGACGGUACAUGGCGAUUUUGCGUCGAUUAUCGCGCACUCAACGCUGUCACCGUUAAAGACAAAUUUCUGAUUCCUACAGUCGAUGAGCUUUUGGAUGAACUUGGUAAUGCUACAUGGUUCUCGAAACUAGAUCUUUUCUCGAGUUUUCACCAAAUCCUGAUGUUGCCUACUGAUUCCUCUAAAACGGCAUUCCGCACCCAUAGCGGCCACUUCGAGUUCAAAGUCAUGCCUUUCGGAUUGUGCAAUGCACCAUCCACCUUUCAAGCUACCAUGAAUGACUUUUAUGGUACUGCAUAUUUUCUUGGAAAAUUUACUAUCCGCGUCAUAUUUUCUGUGCAGUCUGCUGAUUUCUUUCGAGCUGACAAUCCUGAAGGUGUGGUAGCACGUAAUGAGGUAGCCAAGAUGGCAUUUGAAGAUAUGAUAUCUUGGAUGCAAGAAGGGGGCCAGGUUGGGAUAUUUGAUGCCACAAACAGUAGCAAGCAGCGAAGAAACAUGCUCAUGAAACUGGCUGAAGGUAGAUGCAAGAUCAUUUUUUUGGAAACAAUAUGCAAUGAUGUAGACAUAAUUGAGAGGAAUAUACGCUUUAAAAUUCAGCAAAGCCCUGACUAUGCCGAAGUACCAGAUUUUGAGGCUGGGUUGCGGGACUUCAAAGAACGUGUAGCCUAUUAUGAGAAGGUUUAUGAGACAGUAGAAGAAGGAUCUCACAUAAAAAUGAUUGACAUGGCCAGUGGACAUGGAGGGCAAAUACAAGUGAACAAUAUCAGUGGCUACCUACCUGGUCGGAUAGUCUUUUUCUUGGUAAAUACACAUCUUACACCUCGCCCAAUAUUACUUACCCGGCAUGGAGAAAGUCGGUUUAAUGUGAGAGGCAGAAUUGGAGGAGACUCUGCAUUAAGUGAGGCUGGAGAACUUUAUAAGAAGAAGCUUGCUAAAUUUGUUGAAAAGCGUCUCAAAUCAGAACGAGCUGCUUGUAUAUGGACUAGUACACUGCAGCGAACAAUUUUGACAGCAGGACCAAUUGUUGGAUUUCCCAAGAUACAAUGGCGUGCACUUGAUGAGAUAAAUGCUGGUGUGUGUGAUGGCAUGACAUACGAAGAGAUCAAGAAGAACAUGCCAGCGGAGUACGAAUCACGCUAUAAGGACAAGCUUAGGUAUCGUUAUCCUCGUGGAGAGUCUUACUUGGAUGUUAUUCAAAGGUUAGAACCUGUAAUUAUUGAGCUUGAGCGGCAACGGGCACCUGUUGUUGUGAUAUCUCACCAGGCAGUUCUGAGGGCAUUAUAUGCUUAUUUUACUGACAGGCCUUUGCAAGAAAUUCCAGAUAUUGAGGUGCCCCUCCAUACAAUAAUAGAGAUAAACUUGGGAGUUACAGGUGUGGAAGAGAAAAGAUACAAACUAAUGGACUGAAAGAAUAGCUGGAGGAGAGAAGAAUCUUGGGGGAUGGAAUAGAUUUAAGUGACCAUUUUUGGUUUUAUAUGAGAAAAAAUAACUAUUGUCAUGUAUAUUGUAAAAUCCUGAACGAAAAACCCCUUUUAAUAAUUUAUAUGAGCAUCCUUUAGUUCUAGUUUGGAGAA